AUGGUUUGUUACACCGUAAACGCCGAAUGUCUUCUAUGCUACUCCCUAUGCCGACCUUGCGAGCAUUCCUCUAUCAUUCCCGACAUUCAUGGCAGAGAUCACACCGCUUCUACAGUAAAGUCUUCAGGUUACAACUCCAUGUCAAGUUUAGCUCACAUGUUUUUGUCCAAGAGCUGUCGCACACUACAUGGACUUGCUCUCAUGAUUUUUUGGCGGCAUAUUUUGGGUGGAUUGGAGAAAGUCCUACCGGAUAGAACUGCCCUCUUCGCAGCGAUGCAAACAUAUGAUGCUGUUAUUUCUGGAGAGUUCCUCCUUCAACUCCUCACGCAUCCCGACCAGACGGACUGUACGAACAUCGACAUUUUCGUCCCACGCUAUCAUUUCACAUCCUUCACCAACCACUUAUUCACGACCCUCAAUGCCAGGAGCAUCUCAUACCACCCAAUGCAUGACGAUAGUCGCUUGAUCAGAGGCACCGAACACAUUUUGCUCCGCCACCAGCUGCUAACAAUAUUCCAAAGCGAUUUGGCGUCAGCCCUUGCUCCUAUUGUGAUGCAACCUUGCACGCUGCUAAUGAAUUACCUCGCUCACGAUCACGUCUGUAUUGGAUACAGUCGUCUUACACAUCUCGGUACCGGCGUCUUGCACUGUCACUGGGUAACAGAUCGCGACCAAACUCGACUAUCCACCCUCCACGAGCUAGGGUUCACUGUUCGCCACUCCGCACUAUACAUACAUGGCGAUCCAGCUGUAACAAGCUGCAAUGACAACUCCGUUUGUCCCCAUCGAAUCAGGAGGUUCCGCGAUUCCGCCUGUGAGGUCGUUCCGAUCACCAACAUGGUGCCACAGUGCAGACCUUGGACCGAGUCCUUGGUACAAGUUAUCCGUUCGGUCGGCGAGCUCGAGGAUAUGCCCACCAUGUCACUCCGCUUCGACGAAAUUUACCUCGUUCUAGAAACUUUGACAUUCUUAGGAGAUCGCAGAGCCUUACAUCUCUGCGGUCUCGUCUGCAAAGAAUGGUCUCAUACAUGUCGCAGCCUCCUUUAUCGAUGCAUUACCUUCACCGUUUCGCCAACAUCACAUCUUCAAAACCUCUUUGCGCAUCUGUCGACAUAUCCAUCUAUCACUCAGUGUAUCCAAGACUUAAAGAUCACCUCUCGAGCAACGCCCUUUGCACGAGACUCACACACAUCCUUUACUACCGCCUCUCUCAACGCGAUCCUACAACUGCUUCCAAACCUCCGCUGUCUUACCAUACGAAACUGCUCUAUCACGUGCACCAACCAUUCUUUCCUUGAGAUACCGUACGACGUUCUGAGACUAUCUCGUGUACAUCUGUCUACUGUCUCAACCUUCUGUCACAAACAAUCCUCGUUUACAUUGGUAUUUAUUGACCGAGUCACGACAUCUAGUGACAACUCAAACUCUUCGCGUCCGGUGGCGAUCCACACUCACACCUUGACCAUCACUUUGCCCAACACUCGUCACAAAGACAGUUCUCCACCUAUGCAAUAUUCAUUGCGUUACGGUGAUCAGGUGACUGUCUCAAAUAUCCGCGAUACUGACCAUGUGGCUCUACGCUCAUUACUCAGCCUAUCAACGAGUACAUUGACCAUAGUCUGCCUUGAGUGGUCGCCACCAUUAGCAUUCCGGAACCCUUCGCCAUGGACAUGCCCCGAACUUACGGCUUGCGACGCACUCAAAUCCAUCACGCUAUCAUAUCCAGUUGGAUACAACGUACAAUUUUGGCAAGAUGCGAUAUACAACGUCAUCAGACAACUCCCGCAAUCUGUAACGCAGCUUACUCUUCAAUAUGACUUCCUCGGAUGGGUAAUGGGACCAAGAUAUCUGACAAAGACUCUCAAUAGCAAUUGGGUCGACUUCGCCUCACGCAUUCAAUCGCUGGUUCCCUACGUGUCUGAUGUUCAUUUACGAGUUAAGGCUAGAGAGCGUCCAAAGAAAGACGGUUUGGCCUGGGCAAACAAGUUACUACCUUCGUUUAAAAGAUCGUUCCAUACCAUCUUUGUCACUGCACAUUUCACUACAUAG